AUAGGCGUGAGCGUGUUCGUGAGUUCGGCAGUGGUGUUCCCUGAGGAGACCUGCCCCGCCGUGAUCCAGGUGAGGAACGGCAGGAUCCUGCACAUCGCGCGCCACACCACCGACACCUCCAGCUUUACCCGCAGCCAGGUGGAGGAGUGUGGAGACAUGGUGUUGAUGCCUGGCGUGGUGGACUCGCACGUGCAUGUCAACGAGCCUGGACGCACGGCCUGGGAGGGCUACAGCUCAGCCACGCGGGCGGCCCUGGCUGGCGGGGUCACCACCAUCGUCGACAUGCCGCUGAACUCCAUCCCACCAACGACAACGAUAGAGGCGUGGAAGACAAAGAUGCAGGCGGCGGAGGGCCAAUGUUGGGCGGAUGUGGGAUUCUGGGGUGGCGUGGUUCCUGAUAACGCCAAGGAGCUACGUGGCAUGGUGGAGCACGGGAUCUGUGGCUUCAAGUGUUUCCUGAUCCACAGCGGCGUAGAUGAGUUUCCAAGCGUCAAUUACGCCGAGGUGGAGGAGGCACUCACCCAGCUGGCCGGCACCAACUCUGUCUUGCUGUUCCACGCUGAAUGUGACAUCGGGGACACGAUAACGGAAGCAGAUCCUCCGCAGGAGUACAGGACCUUUCUCAAGUCCCGGCCACAGGAGAUGGAAGAGGUGGCCAUCAAACAGGUGAUCAGCCUCUGUGAAAAGACGAAGGUCCGGUGCCACAUUGUUCACCUCUCUGCCAGCAAGACACUUCCCCUGAUCCGUGCCGCCCAGGCGAGGGGCAUCCCGCUGAGCGUGGAGACUUGCCACCACUACCUCACCUUCGCUGCCGAGGACAUACUGGACAAUGCCACGCAGUACAAGUGUUGCCCACCCAUCAGGGAGGCCGAGAACCAGGAGCUGCUGUGGGAGGCUGUGAGGGACGGCACUAUCCAACAGGUAGUAAGUGACCACUCGCCCUGCACGCCUGACCUCAAGAUGCCCGGACACAUGGACUUCAUGCAGGCCUGGGGUGGCAUAUCCUCUAUGCAGUUUGGUCUGUCCCUGUUCUGGACGGGGGCGCGGCGGCGGGGGUUCACGCUGCAGGACGUGGUGCGCUACAUGGCCGAGGCGCCGGCAAGGCAGGCGUCCCUUCAGCACCGUAAGGGUGCCCUCAAGGUGGGCCACGAUGCGGACUUCGUCAUCUGGAACCCCGACGAGUCAUUCAAGGUUGAGGAGUCCAUGAUUCAACACAAGAACAAGAUCACGCCGUACCUGGGGCGGGAGUUGCUAGGCCGCGUGUCCCGCACCGUGCUACGGGGCCGUGUUGUGUACCGCGAGGGGGCCUUCUGCACAGAAGGGCCGCAGGGCACCUUCCUCUUCGCCAGAAGCUCUGCCAGCCCACGCCCAACAGUCGUCACAAGCGCCAAGAUAUAGUUCCUGCUGUCUGGAAGGCCCUACACCUUGCCUGUGUUAAUGACUAAUUGAGGCAAAUAUGCAGGGCAGGGCUGCAUCUUGAAAAUGAUGUAUGGGGUGAGGGGAGGCAGGUUCAGCUUGCGUUGGACAGUGUUAAGUCAUUAUGGAUCACUUGCAAAUUAAUCUCAAUUUUUUUUAGAUCACGUAAUAUUUCAUGGAGAGUUUCAUCCUAUGCCUCACCCUCGUCCUAUACUUAAGUCCCUGGGAGCCGAAUUUGAUGACAGCUGCUAUGAAGUAAUGACUACUAAUAUAAUAUUCUACAUUCAUCAUGCUUAUUUGCUCACCAAACUGGCUCAGGGAAGCAUAUUCUACGUGCAUCAUGCUUAUUUGCUCACUGAACUGGCUCAGGGAAGCAUAUUUUACGUGCAUAAUGCUUAUUUGCUCACCGAACUGGCUCAGGGAAGCCGUAGAAUGUUUUUUCUCCAAGAUGCAAUAUUUUAAUAUAUUUUUUUGAAUUUUUAUAUACAAUUCUUGAAGUGACUUUAACUGACGCUAGUAUCAUUCAUUACUUACUCAGAAUUAUAUAAUUCUGCAGAACUAACUGAUUACUUUCUGGCUAAUGGACCGUAUUGGCUAUACAGGCAGCGCCACAUGUGGCGCCACAUGUGGCAUAUUCCUCCUACUCAUCCCCCCUCUGACUCCUUUAUGCCUGUUAUAAAGAUUCUUCAAAAUGAUGUUUUCUAUGCCCUCUCUGGCCUCAAUCCUCAGAAGGCUUAUGGACCUGAUGGAGUGCCUCCUAUUGUCCUUAAAAACUGUGCCUCCGUGCUGUCACCCUGCCUGGUCAAACUCUUUCGCCUCUGCCUGUCAACAUCUUCCUUUCCUUCUUGCUGGAAGUAUGCCUUCAUACAGCCUGUACCUAAGAAGGGUGACCGCUCCAAUCCCUCAAACUACCGUCCUAUUGCUUUACUUUCUUGUCUAUCUAAAGCUUUUUAAUCAAUCCUUAACCGGAAGAUUCAAAAGCACCUUUCCACUUCUGACCUUCUAUCUGAUCGCCAGUAUGGGUUCCGCAAGGGGCGUUCUACUGGUGAUCUCCUAGCCUUCUUAACUGACUCUUGGUCAUCCUCUCUUAGCCGUUUCGGUGAAACUUUUGCUAUUGCGCUGGACAUAUCAAAAGCUUUUGAUAGGGUCUGGCACAAAUCUUUGCUUUCUAAACUACCCUCCUACGGUUUCUAUCCUUCUCUCUGUACCUUUAUCUCCAGUUUCCUUUCUGACCGUUCUAUUUCUGCCGUGAUAGACGGUCACUGUUCUUCCCCUAAAUCUAUUAACAGUGGUGUCCCACAGGGUUCUGUCCUAUCUCCCACUCUUUUUCUGUUGUUCAUUGAUGAUCUUCUUUCCAAAACGAACUGUCCUAUCCAUUCCUACGCCGAUGAUUCCACUCUGCAUUAUUCAACUUCUUUUAAUAGAAGACCCACCCUUCAGGAACUUAACGACUCAAGGCUGGAGGCUGCAGAACGCUUAGCCUCAGACCUUACUAUUAUUUCCGAUUGGGGC